AUCCAAGAUGAAGUUAUUGGCGUUGGCGGUGGUGAGUCUGGCGGUGGUGGCGCUGGCCGAGCACGAAGACUUGCCCGGCGGGGAGAAGGAAGACGGGAGCCGGGAGAAGCGAUCUCCCGAGCCGAGCCGGGCCUACGAGGGUACCAACAUCGGGUACCAUAGGUACCGCUACCCGAUGCAUCGCUCCCGUCGCUACGGGAUCCCGCCAUGGCUGGCGAACAGCCGGGAGGAUUCAUCGAGCGAGGAAGGCGAUUCGCGCGAGUGGGACGACGAGAAACGGAAGCGGAUGGCGCUGAGGAAGAAGCGGAUGUACAUGGUCCCGCCGCCCUGGGGCAAUCCGUGGAUGUACAGGAAGAAGAGGAUGUUUCAUGGGUUCGACGAAGAGGGCAGCUCCGAGGAGGAGGACUGGCGACGGAGACGACCGGAAGGCGGCGGCUUCAUGUACCGCCGAAAGAAGUCCCACCCCCUCACAUCCGCCGAACUCGAGGAACUCCUCGAGAACGGUGACCUCCGCAAGCGAAAACGAUCGGAGCUGUGGCGCGCCGAGCCCUGGUUCCACCCCCGCCGCCGCCCCUUCCCCUACGACGACGACAAGAAGAAGAAGCGGUCCUGGGGACCUCGACGCGGAUCCCCCGAGGAGGAGGAGGAGAGCGAGGAAGACGAGAGGGGUCCGCAGCAUCCCGCUCCGCACAGCACUUGGGAGUGGUCCGACUACUUCGGCUACGACCGCCGCAAGCGAGAGGCCCCCCCCGCUCACAAAGGAUUCGAUCGCUGGAACAAAGAUAGAUAUAGAACCACGAUGGAGGACGUCGUUUUCGGACCCCGAGACGAGCAGGAGAAGAAGAAGCCGGGGAGCGACGGAGCGAUGAAGAAGCCGCCGCACGGAGAGGAGGAGGACGAUCGCAAGAAACGGAACAAGAAGAAGCGGUUCGUGGUGAAGAAGCGGCAGGGGAUGGAUUCCGUAGAGGAAGACUGCCCGGCGGUGCUGGAGCUGGUGUCGGACUGCCAAGAGGUGGCAGAGGAGGCCGGGGACUAUCGACACCUCCUCGUCGACGCGUGCAACCGCCACGAGAUCUGCUCUGCCUGCGGUCCCUACCUGGGUCUGGCGUCGGAGGCGCAGUGCGACGCUGGCUACGCGGAGGACGUCACCGUCCUGUGCGAGGGCGACCGUGAGUGCGAGGCGAUCGCGAGGGUCGCCGCGAAGAUCAUGGACGACGACGACGACGACUCGGACGAGGGAGGAGCCUCCGAGGCCGACGUCUGUUUCGAGCCCUGCAUCGUCGACUUCUUCGAACGGAAGAGGAAGUGAUCAGAAGGGCGGAGAGUCGGACGGAGAGUCGAGCCUCUGCAAAAACGAGAGAAUUCAUGGAAAAUGCAAAUUUUUUCGCGGUCCGUUCCCGGUCUCGGCCGGAGACGACUCGCUUUUCUUCGAACGUGCUCCGUGUGAAUUCCACGCGAAUCUCUGCAGCCGUGCACUCGAAACCCACUUUCCUGUUUUUCCCAGUUUUGCCGAGGUUCGGACAUCUGUCGCCGUAGAUGGAAAAAAAAAAUCACUUUCUUCUCGAGCAGGCCAGCUUUGGAAUGCCGCGUCGGUGUCGCGCAUGGUGCUCAGUUCCUCGAUCAUGAAAAAAAGAAAUAACGAUAAUGAUAUGACAAAUUACGAUAAAUAUUAAUUUAUUGUGUGUGUUGAGACUUGAGCGGAUUAAAAAGAAAAAAGGGAAGAGAUGCUAAGAAAUGUUUCGGUUGGAAAGGUGUUUUGUCGUCGGUGGAAAAAUCUCAUAACCUUUUUGUCGUACACGCCGCAAUGCCCAGGCGAUAGCGGUCGAUUCCCGAGCAAUAGAUCAAAAGAUAAAAGAAGGCGGAAGGGGCCCGUGAGAAAUCGUUCCCAAGCUGGCUUCGAUGGAAUGUCGUUGUCAACGUGUCAAGCGACCAUAUCAACCGUUUUCUCUCUUUCUAUUCUUCUCUCUCUCUCUUUCUCUGCAGUGGCGCAAAUUCGGUCUCGAUCGUUGUAUGUGUAUCACGCUCAAUGUCCUGGCUGUUCUGGGAUGGAAUAAAAUACACGGUGGGAAGCGAA